UUUGUGUUUCAGUUCAAAGAACAAAACAAAACAGUUACAUCCUUCAGUAGGAAACAAACUCAAUACACAUUGAACUGCUUCAAUGGAAACAACACAAUAACCUGCCCAAAGAAUUACCAUCAACAAACAUUUUAUGAUCAGCAAGAUCAAGAUUAUUCAUCAUCAUCUGCAUCAUCAACUUGUCCAGAGCACUUCAAAUGGAUCCAUGAAGAUCUAAAACCAUGGAAAAUAACAGGAAUCACAAGGGAAAUGAUGGAGAGUGGGAAAAAUGUUUCACAUUUUAGGCUUGUGAUUGUGCAAGGAAAAGUUUACCUAGAAAUGUAUUACCGUUCAUAUCAAACAAGGGAUUUGUUCACAAUAUGGGGAAUUCUACAGCUUCUGAGGUUAUACCCAGGGAAGAUGCCAGAUUUGGAGCUGUUGUUUGAGACUGAGGAUAACCCUGUGGUGCAUAAACAUCAUUUCCAAGCCAGGCCACCACCUCCAAUUUUCAGUUACUGUGGCAAUAGAACUGCUUUGGACAUUGUCUUUCCUGAUUGGUCCUUCUGGGGUUGGGCUGAGGUUGGAAUAAGACCGUGGGAAACAACUCUACAGAACAUACAAGAUAGCAGCAAGAAGAUCAAAUGGAAAGAUAGGGAGCCUUAUGCUUAUUGGAAAGGAAACACUGAUGUCUCAUGGAAGAGGUACCACAUCCUCAGGAUGUGCAACGUCUCAAACCAACAUGAUUGGAACGCUCGUAUAUAUAGAGUGCACUGGGAUAAUGAAACUGCACAAGGGUUCAAGACCUCAAAACUUGAAGAUCAAUGUACCCACAGGUACAAGAUUUAUGUGGAUGGGAAAACAUGGUCUGUGAGUGAAAAAUAUAUCAUGGCAUGUGACUCCAUGACUCUGUUUGUAGAGUCUGACUAUUAUGAUUUCUAUACAAGAGGCCUGGUACCUUUCAAGCACUUCUGGCCCAUUAGCAACCAAACCAUGUGCCAAGAUAUUAAGAAUGCUGUUGAAUGGGGUAAUGCUCACCCAGACAAGGCAGAAGCUAUUGGCAGAGCAGGGACAGGGUUCAUAAAAGAGAACCUAAAGAUGAAGUUUGUGUAUGAUUACAUGUUUCAUCUGUUAACAGAAUAUGCAAGAUUCUUGAGAUUUGAACCAACCAUACCUGAAGAAGCUAUUGAGAUUUGUUCUGAAAACUUGGCAUGUACAAGGGAUGCUCUGUGGAGGGAGUUUAUGGAUGAGUCCAUGGUCAAGUCACCAAGUGACACACCUCCAUGUACAAUGUCUUCUCCUUAUGAUGAAGACGAAGGCUCUGAGUAUGAUAAAUAA